CCGUCCUAGUUUCGGUUUACAUGUAAACAAAUAGAACAGAAAAUGGUAACGUGAAUUAAAUACUAACAUUUCUUAACGUGAACCUGCUUCAAGCACAAAUAGUAAUUCAUAUUUCAUAAAUAUACAGUAUAAUGGUUAUACAGUACAGCGAAGUAAAAAAUAUCGUAAGGGUGGCACGAUAUUAAUUGAUUUAUUUUCGGAUAGCCGUAUUAUUGGGGAAAGGAUGUCUCGAGCAAUCAAACAGGUUGUUUCUCCGAAGACGAUGCGAGAGGGUGGAGGGUUUUUGGUCAGACGCCCUCUAGGUGGUGCCGUAUCCUCGUGCGAUCCGUUUUUGAUGUUGGAUCAUUUCGGGCCUGUCACUCAUGGUCCAGGGGAAGCGAUAGGAGCACCCGAUCAUCCGCACAGAGGAUUUGAAACUGUGACCUACAUAAUCGAAGGGGAAUCUCAGCACAAAGACUCACAGGGAAACACUGGGACUCUUGGGCCCGGCUGGGUUCAGUGGAUGACUGCCGGGAGUGGUGUCAUUCACUCUGAAAUGCCAACAGAAAAGAUGCAGAAAUAUGGGGGUCGUAUGGAAGGGUUUCAGCUUUGGGUUAAUCUUCCAGCCAAGGAUAAAAUGAUUCCACCUCGGUAUCAAGAUACUCCGCCGGAGAAGAUCCCAGUUGUUGAAUCACGUGACAAAAAGGUCAAGGUUAAAGUUAUCGCCGGAGAAUCAAUGGGUACAAAAGCUUACAUCGACACACGCACACCUAUCAUGUACCUGGAUAUUACCCUAGAGUCAGGUGCAAGUUUCAGCCAGCCUGUUCCUGAGACUUAUGACGGGUUUGUCUAUGUUUGGAGAGGCUCGGCAAAAAUAGGAUCUGGCAAUACCGAAGUCGGGCUGUAUCAGCUUGGUCUUCUAGGAGAAGGAUCGAAUCUAAACAUAACAGCGAACUCAGAUGGUUGUCGCUUAAGUCUGAUUGCGGGACAGCCAUUAAAAGAACCUGUGGUUUGGCAUGGACCUUUUGUGAUGAAUACUAGGGAAGAGAUAGAUCAGGUAUAUAAUGUCUACUUCACCAUGUUUAGUCAAAGAACAACUUUACAAUACAUAGAAUUUCUAUUUUUUGUUUAUAAAUUAAUUAAAACUGAAAUAGUAUGUAUGUAUGCAGGGAAACAUGAAUACAUAUAUUCGUAUGUAUGUAUGUAUGUAUGUAAACAUGAAUACAUAUAUUCUUGGACUGCUGACAGUGAAAUUAUACAUGUAUUAGCAUUGUUGUUUCGAAUAUAAUAUACAAAAAUGUGGAAAUGUUUGUACUAUUUCGUUACAUGAUAUGGAAGUAAGUUUCUCAUAAUACACAGGGUAAAGAAGAGUUUCUGCAUGCAAACUUGUUGUUUCAGGCGAUAUCAGAUUAUCACAGCGGGAAGCUUGGGAAGAUUAAAGGGGCGGAGGAGAGGAUGAGGCAGACAGAAAACGCCAGGCAGAAACAGAAACAAACGGGAACAUGGAAUAUGAGAUAAAUAGAUAAUUUUCAAACGAUUAUUAGCCAUUGUACCAUGGUUGUUUGUUGUUUGACAGUCUAUUAGACUCUUGCCAUUGUGAGGACUUGUUACACAUUGUCUUUCAUUAUAUUGCUCCAUGCCAUAGUUCUAAUAAUAGAAUGAUUGUUUUACCUUAAGCAUAAACAUAUCAUUACGCGAGUAUGAGUGUUCAUUUGUAAAAUUCGUGUAGUGUACGUGACAGGUUUAUUUUGAGAGGAAUUAGCACAGAUUCCGUGUCUGUCUUUACGACAAUGAACGGUACAAGGCAUUUUAUUUAAUUAUUAUGAACAGUUUUAAAAAUUAAAACUGUUCAAACUAUGACAUUUCGUGUCUGAUUAUUUAUGUUUUUUCUGGCAGGUUAAUUAGCAGGUUACAUAUAUGAGACUUUUCAAACCAUGACACCGUUGUCUGGAUCUAAUCAUUUAUGUUUUUAACUGCAAUUGGCAGACGUAACAUUAUUCAAACUAUGACAUCAUUGGAUGACUUUUUAUUUUUUUUUUACUGAACUUUAUAGGUGAAAAUAUUCAACCUAUGCCGUCCUCAUGUAAUUUUCUUGUUAUUUGCUGAAACUGACAGAUAAAAAAAGAACCUGUCAGCUAAUCUCUGUUUAUAUUCUGUUCUAAGCUUUUAUGUUGUUUUUGAAACAUAUUAAUGAGCCACACCAUGAGAAAACCAACAUAGUGCAUUUGCGACUAGCACGGAUCUAGACCAGCCUGCACAUCCGCGCAGUCUGGUCAGGAUCCAUAUUGUUCGCUUUCAAACCCUAUUGCAAUUAGAGGAACUGUUAGCGAACAGUAUGAAUUCUGACUAGACUGCGCGGAUGCGCAGGCUGGGGUGGAUCCAUGCUGAUGUUGGUUUUCACGUGGCACGGCUCAUUUUAAUAUUGUGCUGUUGUUACAUUUAUAUUAUAUGUAAAUGAUUAUGAAACCUAAAUGUUGGUGUUUUCUUUCCAAAUAUUUUCGCCAGUCAUAUUUCUAGCAAAGGUGUUUCAACUUCUAAAAUACUGUUUCCAAAAUAAGUGUUUUUAAACUGUACGCGCAGAUAAUAAUCGGUCGUUUUAGACCAGAAUUUCUAAGCACGAGGAGUAUUAGUAUAUGAUGAAUGAUUUGUGAAUAAGAUUCAUAUUAAAUAAUUAAAUAACUUAAUUAUAUAUGAUCUGUUUGUCAAAAUGAAGAACACUGCACAAACAACACUCUUUUCUAGGCAUCGAGUCAAUUACAUAAAUGUUGCAUCCGCUGCAUACUAGUAUACUGAUAUUUUGCGUAUGUCAAAUUACAGAAAAUGGUUUUUAUUUGCAAUAAAGUUGUUAGACAUUUCAAACAAGAA